AUGCGUGCCUUAUGCAGCGUGACUCACGUCACGUGGGUCGAACGAAGCCGUUUUGGCGCAAAAUAUAGAGCAGUAGCUAAAAGCACGAUCGCUGAUGUGAUCGAUGAAUUAAUGGGUGAAGUUUAUGAGUUAACAAAAGAUAGUAACAUCCUCGGACCGAGGACCUCGGUGGUUCCUCCGGCUGCGCAAUAUGCUAACUCACGCAGGAACCUACCUCACAUCCGCUGUUUAGAAGGAGGAUUUGUUUCGGAUUUGAUCGUGGACCUCGCAACUCCACCGACAGCCCUCGCUGUCACAUCGCCCGUGGCAGGCAGACCGCUGCCACCACUCAAGGCUUUAUCAGAGCCUCCUAAGCAUGUUCAUCAAAGACUGUAUCCUGAGGAAAGUGUCGCUAGCUUGAUGAGCCGAGGGCUCGGAAGUCCGCUGAUGAAAACGGAUCUGGUUAAUAACAACAACCUUCAAUACUACGGAGAGGUUCACAUCGGAGAUCCACCACAGAGAUUCCUAGCGAUAUACGAUACUGGAUCAGAGAAGCUCUGGGUACCCGGCGAACGGUGUCACAGCGAGGCUUGCAUUCAUCAUCAUAAAUUUCAUCCAGUCAAAAGCCAGACCUUCAAGCAAAGCAUUGGCGGCGAACACCGCAUGACUUAUGGCACUGGGGAGGUUCGCUUCAGAGAAGGCAAAGACACAAUUCGGCUGUGUGAUUCGAUCAGAGGUUGCUUCAACGAACGCACUAACCCUCCGCGACCAUCGGGUAGCACCAAGCCCGUCACGGCACUUACGGCCGAUAGACAGCCGUUGGGCAUGACUUCUUACCAAAGUCCCGAUCCCUUCAAGAAACUGCCUUUCGAUGGUAUUCUGGGACUACCACCUAGCGGCAACUCUGGGGAUGGUCACCAUUCGUCACUCCUUGGUGAAUGGCUCAAGGUUGCGAGCUUCUAUCUAUCUCCCGACACAGCUAUUAAAGGAUCGGUCGCGAUAGGCGGGAUCGACAGGCACCACAUUGAUCAGUCGGACAAACUACAUUGGCACAAUAUCCAUCCACCAACCGAUGCCUGGAGGGUCCGACUGGUCGACAUUGCUAUCGACGGGAAACCACUGCAUCUGUGCGGAAGUGGAUCUGAUGGUCCUGAUGGGACCUGUGAAGAUCAUGCCAAUCGAAUUCCCUUCUCUAAUAGCAGGAAAUUAUGA